CGGCGACAGUGAGUAGCGGACAUUUGGCAACAUUGGCUGCUCGGCUGCUGGCUCCCCUGGUUGUUUUGGUUGAUGCAAAAAAACGCAUGCUGUAACGUGGAAAUCUUUCACGUAAUUAGACAGCUGUUGCAGCCUAACCUGUUCUUUUAAGACUACCAUGGCCAACAAUUUGGAUAUUGUGAAAGCUGGUGACUACAUAGCGAUUCAAAGACAAGACUACUUCAAGUUGCACAAAGUAUCAGCAAACGGAACUGUCAACCUGGGCAAGGAUAUUUUGGAAAUAGGCAGUGUGAUAGGGAAACCUGUAUGGACCUCUUAUCGCAUGGAACAAAAGAAAGGAGGAAAACGAUUUUAUACUUUGAAAGAAUGCAGUGUUCAUGAUCUGAAAGGAGAUUCCAUUACAAUGAGCAAUGCGAAUAGCGCAAUUAGUGGAACAGAUAACCGAAAUAUAGUAGAUGAUGGAAGCAGUCAAAAACUGUCCAUGGAAGAAAUUGUCAAUUUAAGGGAUGAGGGCCUUUCAUCUAAAGAAAUUGUUGGAACUCUCAUAGAAAACAGCAAGACAUUUCACUGCAAAACAGAAUAUUCUCAACAAAAGUACUUGAAGAAGAAAGAAAAGAAGUAUUUUGAAUACAUAACAGUGAGGAAGCCCACUGUACGUCUUGUUGCAGAAACAAUGUUUCGCCUUGAUCAGCAAAAGAUUUUAGGUCUUAGAGUGGACACCCUAUCACAGUUGAACACAGCUGUAAAUUUACAUUCACAUGGAACCUAUAUACUGUAUGAGAGUGGGUGUCAAGGUUUGGCUGCUGCAACAAUGCUGAAUGGCCUGUGCGAUGAGGGAAGACUGGUGCUUGUUCAUCCUGGAAACUACCCCCAAAAGAGUGCACUACUAGCUCUUAAUUUGACGGAAGAGCAAGAAAACUGUCUGAUCAGUGUUAACAUUUACAAUCUUUUGAGAAAGCUGAAAGGGGAGAGUGCUGACGUUCAAGAUAUCAAAUGUGACGAUUUGGGGACCCAAGAAGAGGGAAUUGGUGUUUCUAAACCAUGUCUAAAAGAAACAACAAUUAGCAGUGCUGUGGAAGAACCUGCUAUUCUCUCUGCAGAUAAUGAGGAUAAGACUGCCAAAGCUGAAAUGGACUGCGAUGAAGUGCUUGCAAACUCUGAUCAAGAAAACAAUUCUUCGGGAAAGAGGAAGCAUAGUGAAUGUGGUAAUGACGAAGGCUCUGCCAAAAAGAAGUCUCGCUGGGAGGUUGAAACUGACAGGGCAGCCCAAUCACUAAGAUCUCAAGUAGAUGGUUUAGUGCUAGUUUGCAGAGAACAUCCUCAGUCUAUCUUGAAUGCCCUCCUGCCUUUUGUAGCUCCUUCUCGUAAUUUUGUUGUUUUUGGUCAGGUUAGAGAACCUCUUCAAGAACUACUGGUGGAGCUCAGUCAGCGAUCAGAUUUAAUUAACCUCAGACUCACUGACACGUGGCUCAGAAAUUAUCAAAUCGAGUCAGACCGAACUCAUCCUCUUGUCAAUAUGACUGGUAGUGGGGGCUAUCUAUUGACUGGUAUGGUAGUUGAGAGCCCCCAAGGACAGUAAUAUUUUUGUAUUAAAUUUCAAUAAAUUUCAAUGGUUUAAUUGAA